UUUCACUUCAUGAAACAUGGUACCAACACUUUACAUGUUGCGUUUAUAUUUUUGUUCAGUGUAGAUCGGGUACACCAAUAUAAUUGACUGCUUAAGCUGCACCCCACAAUAGUACUGACCAGUCACAAAAAUGACUAUGAAAUCACCUUAUAUUCAGUGAAAUGAAGAAAGAUAUGAAUUUUUAUUUUUCAUAAUUUUAGAUAUUCUGUACAUGUGUAACUGACAGUAUUUUUUUGGGGGCUUGAUCUAAUUCUAUGGUGUCACUAAAUAGGGAGCAGCAAUGACUGGACAGACAAGAAUAAUGGGAGCACACACACGACAGCACACGUACGUUAAUUUUCUCUCGGAACCAAAGAGCCAGUUACCGAUUGUACACACACGGAAUUCAUUAUGAUCAGACACACAGGCAAGAUGGCGGAGGGAGAUUCAUGGGAUGCGGACACUUUUGAUCCGGAUGAGCUUGUUAUCGGGACCAAGAAGGCUGUUGUAGCGGAUAAAUGGGAAGGCGAGGACGAGGAUGACGAUAUCAAGGACAACUGGGAUGAUGACGAGGAGGAAUUGAAAAAAACAGAAGAGAAAAAAGCAGCAGAGACAAAACUAUCUGAAAAGAAGAAAUUAGCUGAAAAAAUCAAGGAAAAGGAAAGUUUACAAAUGAAAAAACAAGAAGAGCUGAGAAAGCGGUUAGAGGAAUCACAGGAAACAGAACUCUCACCGGAGGAUGAGCUAGCAGAGAAACUCAGAGUGAAGAAGCUACAGGAGGACGCUGAUCUUCUAUUGGCUCAGGAGGCUUUCGGUGUCGUCAACAACGUGAAAGGAAUUGAUGCCAUAAGCCCGUCUUCUAAAGAUGAGUUCACAGAGUUUGAAAAGUUGUUAAAAGACAAGAUAUCACCUUUUGAGACGUCAAUACACUAUUCCAGCUUCCUGGAGUCCUUGUUUCGAGACCUCUGUCUCUCAUUAGAGGUAGAGGACUUGAAGAAAGUCAGCAACUCCCUCACAGUCUUACUAAGUGAAAAACAGAAACAGGAAAAGCAGCUGAAUAAAGGGAAGAAGAAAAAGAAAGGUCUGGUUGCUGCCGGAGGGAUGAAGUCCAAGAUGAAGGAUGACCUAUCGGACUACGGAGAGUUCGAUGGAGGUUACGCACAAGACUACGAGGACUUCAUGUGACGUGACACCAACCCGAUUUCUGUGUCUCAAACGACACCCUGUUCCCUAUGUAGAACCCUUUAUAUAGGGGAUAGGGUGGCAUUUAGUAGGGUUCCAAUGUCUGUCCCCAUUCCCCCUCCGCUCUGCUCCACCAAGCCCCCUCAGGGCAUGACCUAUGACCUAUUCUACUGCCCAGAGCCAUCCAAUGAUAACCACCCUUAUGUCGCCCGCCGCCAGCCGCACACAAACUCGAUUCUGAAAAGAAGUGUUGAAUGGUUUGACGAGGAACGUCUGAUUUCAGCAGGGUUGUUUCUCCUCGUUAGAAAUUCCUUCAACGAUUCCUCAAAACUGACUGACCAAUAAGACUGUGUUCUGGAUACCAAAAUGUUUCACCUCCCAUAAUGAGAUGCGAAAACCCAGCAUCAAACUUGUUUUUUUUCCCAAUCCUAGAAUGAAUUUAAUUAGAUCUUUUAAAAUAAAUGAUCUGUCAAACAAAAUUUAAUUGUUACUGUUUGACGAAGGAAAAUACAUUUUGUAUUUUACAUUUUGCAUUUCAAUAAAUAGCCGUAGGGUCAAGUAGUAAACACGGCGCUGACCAUUUCAUCCUGGGCCUAUGUUCACAAAACGUCUGAGUAGAUACGCUGAUCUAGAAUCAGAUGGCCCCCCCCCUUCUUAUUCAUUAUGAUCAGAAAAAGACUAAACUGAUCCUAGAGCAGCACUGCUACACUGAGAAACCCAGUAUAAUCGCUGCCACUGAGUUGAAGCAACAAUCACUCUAGGUCUCCUUGGCAUAACUUUGCACGGCUUGUAUCAAGUGAGGUGAGAAACAGACCAAAUGUAUUUAGGAAAGAAGGUUGUACUGGGUUAUUAUCACUUGUUUUUCUUUUUCACAGCACAUUUUCAGGAUUGGUAAUGGAAAUAUAAACAAUAUUAAAGAUUAAAGUUGUCUUAUUUUAUCCACCUAAUUUAAUAAAAUCACUGUUUUAAGAA